UCAGGUACGGGCAUUAUCUCCACCCUCUUUGCGAACUUCCCCUAUGGCAACACCACUGCGCCCAUGAAGGCCCUCAGCGCCGUCUUCUUCUUCCUCAACCUCGCCGUCUUCGUCCUCUUCACGUCCAUCUCCGCCCUUCGCUAUCUGCUUUUCCGCGACGUCUGGCCUUCGAUGCUCCGCCACCCGGAGAGCUUGUUUCUCGGCGCGUUCCCCAUGGGCGGCGUCACCCUCGUCAACACCGCGAUAUCCCUCGUCCAUGGGGCGUACGGGUUUGGAGGCGCGUCGUUCGUGUAUGUCGUCUGGGCGUUCUGGUGGCUCGACGUCGCCGUGUCCGCCCUCUGCUGCUGGGGCUUGGUGCACGUCAUGGCAACGCGCCAAGAACACACCCUCAAAUCCAUGUCCGUCAGCUGGCUCUUCCCCGUCGCCACCCUCGUCGUGUCCUCCUCCGCCGGCGGCCUCCUCGCGCAAGCCCUCCAGCCCUUCUCGCCCGCGCACGCCCUCCUCACCGCCGCCUUCGCCGUCUUCCUGCUCUCCAUCGGGCUCACGCUCUCGCUCACCGUGCUCGCCGUGUACUUCUACCGGCUCGUCGUGCUCGGGCAUCCGCAGGGCGGCGCGAUCGUCGCCGCCUUCGUGCCGCUCGGGCCCGCGGGCCAGGCCGGGUUCUCGGUGCUCCUCAUCGGGGAGAGCUUUAGGGCGCUGCUGCCCGUGGCGGGCAGCGCGGGGCUGUUUUUGGGCGACGCGGCGGUGGGAAGGACGGUGUAUGCGGUGUGCGUGUGCGCGGGGUUCGUGCUGUGGAGCUUGGCGACGAUGUGGCUCGCGUACGCGCUGCUGGGGUUCUAUCACGUCCUGCGGAGGACGCGGGUCGCGUUCGGGCUGCCGUUUUGGGGGAUGAUCUUUCCGAACGGCGUGUACGCGAACCUGACGAUCGCGCUCGGGCGCGCGUUUGACGGCGCGCGGUUCUUCCGCGUGUGGGGCGCUGUGUACGCGUGCUUCACGCUUGCGCUGUGGGCGUGCGUGUUUGCGCGCACGCUCGUGGCGCUACGGGCUGGGACGCUGUUCGAUGCGCCGGCGUCUGUGUCGGCGCGGGGGCAAGGGCGGGGGCAGGGGAGGUCGAGGGCAGAGGCGGGGUCGGGGUCGGGGUCGGGGGCGGGGACUUUGGUGGAGAAGGCGGAGGAGCGGGGGGCGGGUGGGGCGUGA